AUGCAACUACUAGCCAAAUUGAAGGCUCAGCAAGAUGCUGACAGGAUUUUUCAUGAUUGCAAAGGUGCACGGCUUCAACAAAGAGCCAACCUGGAAGAGCAAGCUUUCAUUGCAAGCACGGUCACGGCAGUUGUCAAGAGAAUCUAUGAUGACAAUAUUCUCAAGCCUGAUGGCUCAAAUCUCUGA